AUGUCGCUUGGCCAACUGGUCAACUCCGACGCCCAUACAAAGUGGGCCGGCCGACCACCCGCACGCCGCAAUCCGCAAUCCGCAGCCAUUCCACGGCCAUUCCACGGCCAUCCCGGGCCAUCCUGGCCGCCUCGCUGCCUCGCCAUCCGCGCGCGCCCUCCCCCCCAUCCCGGCCCGUCUCUCCCCGCGGCGCCUCGCAUCACCCCAUCUCACCUGGCCAACUGGUCAAUUCCCUUCGCCAGCACGCACGCAACUCGCCGCGGGCACCGGACGCCUGCCUGCCUGGCCCUCGUCGUGAGCGCCGGCCGGUCAGCCGCCCCCGCCCUACAGGUGCUCCGGCGCCGUGUGGCCGGCCAUCCUGCGUGCAAACGUUCUGUGGUCCGAAAGUGA